AUGUCUUUCUCCAGGCGAUCGGUGGCUUCGGCGCGGCUGAUGCUGCGGAAUCAGCCCCCUCGACGUUAUGGCUCCCACGCCGCUCACGCUGGUCAUCAUGCCGAACCUGUGAAUGAAAGCUUCGGCCGCAGUUUCUAUGUCACCCUGGGCGCCUUCGCCUCUAGCUACGUCCUCUACCGCCUGAGCAAGUCUACCCAGGAGUCUGGCUCGCAGUCGUGGAUCUCCGGCCUCAUUGAGAAGUGGUCCCCUUCGGAGAGGGUCUUUGAGCAGAGAAAUGCUGUGCACACUGCUGCUAUGGAGAAGGCCGCCCAUGACCGUCAUCUGUUCCACAGUCAGGGUCCUAGAGUCGCUGUCGAAUUGAAGCAGCCCGAGGCCAGCUUCAACUCCUCUCCCCCUUACAACGUCUCUGCUGGCUCGGUGGUGGAUCUGAGCCAUGUGGUUGCUCACUACGAGCGUGAAAACCGGGACAAGGAGGAGUCCCGCGUUGCCCGGAUGCAGGACGGAAAGGUUGUGUCUCUAUAUGACUAG